AUGGUGGACAAGCGCGCGUUGCUCGCCGGCGGCAUCGUCCUCUGGGCGGGCGCGCUGCAGCUCCACAUGUGGUCGCUGACGUCCUCGGACGCGUUCAGGAAGUCCCCGAUCGCGAGCUCGUCGUCGUGGUCGUGGUCAUGGACGACGCCGUCGCUCUGGGGCGGACCCGGAGGAAGCGGCGACGGCGACGGCGGCGGGGAGAAGACGUCGUCGACGCCGCCGGGAAGGACGACGCGAGAGGCGGCGCGCGGAAGAGGAGAUAGGUAG